GCGGCCCCGGGACUGGACAGAGCGGGGGCGGGACCGCGGCCGCCUGCGCGGUUCCGGGUCUCCUGCCGCGGCGCAGCCCAGGGUGCACUUGAUCGGGUCGGUCAGAAGGGAAGGGCGGGUCUGGGGAGAACCCCAGAGCGCCGCGGCGUCCUCCACUCCUAGCCUAGCGGCCGCCCAGCCACCGCCACAGCCACAGCCCGAGCCGGCGCCACUUCGCCUCCCGGCUUGCGCGCCCCAAGCCAUGGCUUUCGCCAAUUUCCGUCGCAUCCUGCGCCUGUCCACCUUCGAGAAGAGAAAGUCCCGCGAAUAUGAGCACGUCCGCCGGGACGUGGACCCCAAUGAGGUGUGGGAGAUCGUGGGCGAGUUGGGCGACGGCGCCUUCGGCAAGGUUUAUAAGGCCAAGAACAAGGAGACAGGCGCCUUGGCUGCAGCCAAAGUAAUUGAGACCAAGAGUGAGGAGGAGCUGGAGGACUACAUCGUGGAGAUCGAGAUCCUGGCCACCUGCGACCACCCCUACAUCGUGAAGCUCUUGGGAGCCUACUACUAUGAUGGAAAGCUGUGGAUCAUGAUCGAGUUCUGUCCCGGGGGAGCCGUGGACGCCAUCAUGCUGGAGCUGGACAGAGGCCUCACUGAGCCCCAGAUUCAGGUCAUUUGCCGCCAGAUGCUGGAAGCCCUCAACUUCCUCCAUGGCAAGAGGAUCAUCCACCGAGAUCUGAAAGCUGGCAAUGUGCUGAUGACCCUCGAGGGCGAUAUCAGGCUGGCUGACUUUGGUGUAUCUGCCAAGAAUCUGAAAACUCUGCAGAAACGAGAUUCCUUCAUAGGAACGCCUUACUGGAUGGCACCUGAGGUGGUGAUGUGUGAGACCAUGAAGGACACCCCAUACGAUUACAAAGCCGACAUCUGGUCCUUGGGCAUCACCCUGAUUGAGAUGGCCCAGAUCGAGCCCCCACACCAUGAACUCAACCCCAUGCGGGUCCUGCUCAAAAUCGCCAAAUCAGAGCCGCCCACGCUGCUCACCCCUGCUAAGUGGUCAGUGGAGUUCCGAGACUUCCUGAAGGUAGCCCUGGAUAAGAACCCAGAAACCCGGCCCAGUGCUGCACAGCUUCUAGAGCACCCCUUCGUCAGCAGCAUCACCAGUAACAAGGCUCUGCGGGAACUGGUGGCGGAGGCCAAGGCCGAAGUGAUGGAGGAGAUUGAAGAUGGCCGGGAUGAGGGAGAAGAGGAGGACUCGGUGGAUGUCACCUCGCCUCAGGGGGCCCACACUCGGAACCCUUCCGAAGUGAGUCAGCUGAGCCUUGAUGCCGACAAACCUCUCAAAGAACCAUCUUCCACCCUGCCAACACCCAUCGAGCCUCAGGAGAAUGUGAAUGGGCCCUGCAGCGAGCCCUCUGGGGACAGAUCCCUCCAAGCCACUAGCCCCCCAGUUGUGGCCCCUGGAAAUGAGAAUGGCCUAGCUGUGCCUGCACCCCUGCGGAAGUCCCGGCCAGUGUCAAUGGAUGCCAGGAUUCACAUAGCUGAGGAGAAGCAAAUCACUGACUUGGGGGACCUCAGUCCAGCAGUCAACAGGUCCCAAAAGGCAAGCCAGAACCGGCCCAACAGCAGCGCCCUGGAGACCUUGGGUGAUGAGAAGCUGGCCAAUGGCAGCCUGGAGCCCCCGACCCAGACGGCUCCAGGCCCAUCCGAGAGGGACUCAGGCUGUGGCAGCCUCUCCAUCUCCGAGGGCAUGGACUACAGCACCUCCCUAUCCACCGACCUGUCCCUGAACAAAGAGUCAGGCUCUCUGUCCAUUAAGGACUCAAAGCUGUACAACAAGACCCUCAAGCGGACACGCAAGUUUGUGGUGGACGGCGUGGAGGUGAGCAUCACCACCUCCAAGAUCAUCGGUGACGAUGAGAAGAAGGAUGAGGAGAUGAGAUUUCUCCGGCGCCAGGAACUCCGAGAGCUCCGGCUGCUCCAGAAGGAAGAACAUCGGAACCAGACCCAGCUGAGCAGGAAGCAUGAGCUACAGCUAGAGCAGAUGCAGAAACGCUUUGAACAAGAAAUCAAUACCAAGAAGAAGUACUUUGACGUGGAGCUGGAGAACCUGGAGCGUCAGCAGAAGCAGCAAGUGGAGAAGAUGGAGCAAGAGCAUGCCGUACGCCGUCGGGAGGAGGCCAAGCGGAUCCGCCUGGACCAGGAGCGGGACUACGCCAGGUUCCAGGAACAGUUCAAACUGAUGAAGAAGGAGGUAAAGUCCGAAGUGGAGAAGCUUCCCCGGCAGCAGCGGAAGGAGAACAUGAAGCAGAAGAUGGAGGAGCAUGCACAGAAAAAGCAGCUUCUUGACCAGGACUUUCUAGCCAAGCAGAAGGAUGACCUGGAGCUGGCAAUGAAGAGGAUCACGGCGGAGAACAGGCGGGAGAUCUGUGAUAAGGAGCGUGAGUGUCUCAGUAGGAAGCAGGAGCUCCUUCGAGACCGGGAGGCAGCCCUGUGGGAGAUGGAGGAGCACCACCUGCAGGAGAGACACCAGCUGGUGAAGCAGCAGCUCAAAGACCAGUACUUCCUGCAGCGGCACGAGCUGCUGCGCAAGCACGAGAAGGAGCGGGAGCAGAUGCAGCGUUACAACCAGCGCAUGAUGGAGCAGCUGAAGGUGCGGCAGCAGCAGGAGAAGGCACGGCUGCCCAAGAUUCAGAGGAGCGAAGGCAAGACGCGCAUGGCCAUGUACAAGAAGAGCCUCCACAUCAAUGGUGGCGGCAGCGCCUCGGAGCAGCGCGAGAAGAUCAAGCAGUUUUCCCAGCAGGAGGAGAAGAGGCAAAAGUCGGAGCGGCUGCAGCAGCAGCAAAAACAUGAGAACCAGAUGCGGGACAUGGUGGUACAGUGCGAGAGCAACACAAAUGAGCUGCAGCAGCUGCAGAACGAAAAAUGUCACCUCUUGGUAGAGCACGAAACCCAGAAGCUGAAGGCCCUGGACGAGAGCCAUAACCAGACCCUGAAGGAAUGGCGGGACAAGCUUCGGCCACGCAAAAAGGCUCUGGAAGAAGAGCUGAACCAGAAGAAGUGGGAGCAGGAGAUGUUCUUCAAACUGAGUGAGGAAGCAGAGUGCCUGAACCCUCCCACCCCAAGCAAGGCCACCAAGUUCUUCCCCCACAGCUCUGCAGAUGCUUCUUAACAGCCACCCAGGACUGUGGCUGGCAGGUGGUGGGCCUCUGGGGCCCCCCGUUCUCUGUGAACACGUAACUCAGGACCCACCUUCCUCUUGCUUCUGUGCCAGCUCAAACCCAGCCCCUUGCCCUGUGUCACUCAGCUGUGCCUGGCAGGCCUGUCCCAGUGUCCCUGAUGCUCACGUGCUUGUAGAAGGGGACAUUUCAUUCUCUGAGGCCUGACCCUAAUGCCAGUUGGUGGGGUCAGGGUCCAGGAGGAAUGGGUAUUCUGUGGCCUUAAGGCCCCUCCUGUUUGCCAAAACACCAGAUUCACUAUCUGAGGGGCCAAAGUGCUGCUGCUGAAGUCAUCGUCAUCAUGGCUUGUCCAUAUUUUAACCCUAGCUGGCUUUCAGCUCUUACCUGCAGAGUGUCAGACAACUCUCUGCCCUGAGCAACCAUUUCAGUUCGUGCUGGAGCCUAGCCUGCAGCCAGCUGCUCGGCGAGUGCCCUCAUCCUCCCAGCUCCCCUAGUUUGCCUUCCACUUGAGAAGAGGCUAUGUUUGCAGCUAGGGGAGGGGGGCCCAAAAUGUUAGUUCUGCUGGUCUCAGGUGUCUCAUGUCCCUCCUACGUGCACGUGCACACACACACACGCACACGAGAGACUUGGGCCCCUGGCAUAAAUGAGGCCUGCCUCCACCCUGGGUCUCUUGGACACGGGUGGUUGGAUCACGUUUGCUGCCUGAACCUGUGCUACUGAGUGUAUUAGGAGGAACAGUUGCCAUGGAGAGUGGUGGGCGUUGGCACCAGAGGCACAGAAAAGGCGCAGGCUGCACUCCAGCCUCAUUUUGGCCCCCACACAGGAUCCUCUGUUCAAGGAUAAAUUCCUCACCAUGCAAGACUUUCACAAUGCAGCUGGCUGCUGUCUCACUCUUGCCCACCUGGCCGCAGUGAUUCGGGAAAGCUAUUUGCCUCUUCCCGGUGUCCUCUCCUUGUUCAGGAGCAUAGCCUUACAUUUCAGACUGAGGCUGGUCAUCAGCUGAACUUUUUUUUAGGAAAAAAAAAGCAUCAGGGACAAGCUUAGGGCCCCCUGCCCCCAGGAACAUGGGCAGAAACAAAGGUUCUAUGUCUCAGGUGGUAUCUUUCGGCUUUCACAUCACUCAGUUGGCUCCCACAGAUUCUGAUCCCCACAGGCCACAGAGUGUGUCUCACCCAAUAAAAGGAACUGCUCAAACCAGCUUUUGGUUUAUUUACAGAGAAAACCUUUUUCCACCUUGAUUUCCAAUUGUUCAUUGAAACAAAUAUAAAAUGUAUGGCUUCUUCAGGAAGAUACCUGCCUUAAAACACACACAUACACACAAAAAGUGACAAUACCCUUCAGGAAUCAUGUGGGCAUGAUGCAUCUGAAUACUAUUUUACUGGUGAUAGAGUGACUGUAACACCCCAGGAGGACUUUCUCCUUCAUUCCUAAACGCUGAGGUCAAUUCUUUGUCUUUCUAAAGCAAUUCUCAGGAAGUUUUCUCAGCACUGGUUGUAACUGGAUCCUCAGGAAGCAAGGGGAGGGGAUUUGGGGACUUGGGGUUCCCAAGUCUUCAAUAAGCAAUAGUGAUGCUUUCAGGGGUACAGGGGAGGGCAGUGCUUCUCCUAGGUUAGUGAGCAUUCAGCUUGCCUGCUUCGGUAUUUGACCCAGAUGGGAGGGACAUUUUCCAGGCCCACACAAAUGGGGCAAGUUAAACAACAGCCCCUUAGAUUCCCUUUGGUGCACAGACCCUGGGAGUGCAGAGUAUAAAGCAGUUCCACCAAGUGAGGCCAGCAGGGCUGAUCUGGGCCUUGGCUCCAAUGUGUCCCUUUGCAGCCUGGGGUGUGAGGAUGAGGGUUAGGUGAAAUGCCAGGUUCGUGGUUCAGGCGAGGCUUCAGUCAUUCCCACGGAAUCCCCUUCCAGGAGUUGCUGCUUCCCUGCUCAGGGCCUCCCGGGGCCCUAAUAGCCCCCUGGCCUUUCAGGAUGGGAUCUGCUCAGCUCUCAAGCCUUACCACCGAGCCAAUGUGCAAUGCCCACUGCUGCGAAGACCCACGCAGUAUUCCUCAUGCCCAGGGCUAACAUUUUCUCUGUAAGGGACAGGCGAAACUGUUUUUCAUUUUUAGUCCAUUUUUAGCAGAGUAAAUAUAACUAACUUAUAUUUUCCAUGUAUGAAGGAUAGAAGUUAUUUUUAUGUAGUUUCCAAACUUUCUACGAACCUUUUGUAAAACGUGGUCUGCAAAAUUAACUGCAAGAAUGUAAAUACGCUUCUAAUAAAAUAACAAGGCGAGAAACUUUUUUGCAUUUUGGGUUGUUCUUUGGGGACUUGGGGUGGGAAGAGCAGGGCAGAUGUGCCCACAUUUGCAUAAUAAGAAAGAAUUGACUAUCUUCUGAGGACACGGCUAACUCCUCUGUCACAGAGCAGGUCAGAGCUUACUGAAAGAAGUUAUGUGUGGGUGAGAGCGUGUUGGGGGGGGUUCUAUAAACAUUUAACAUUAUUCUCAUUUAACAACAAACAUUCAUUGAGCCUAAGAAUUUUUACAUGUUAACUUACUGUUUUAGUCAUCUUGUACUGCUAUAACAGAAAUACCACAAGUGGGUGGCUUCAACAAACAGAAUGUUAUUUUCUCACACUUUAGGAGGCUAGAAGUCCAAAUUCAGGGGACCAGCUCCAGGAGGAGGCUUUCUCUCUCUGUCAGCUCUGGGGCAAGGCCAUUGUCAUCAAUAUUCCCCUGUCCUAGAAGGGGACCUCGGGUACUCUAAUCCUGUAGAGGUAGGAUUUACAACACACAGGAAAAUCAUAUCAGAUGACAAAAUGGUGGACAAUCACACAAUACCAGGAAUCAUGGCCUAGCCAAGUUGACAGACAUUUUGGUGGGGGGAGGGGAACACAGUUCAGUCCAUGAUACUUGCUGAAUCCUUUCAACAACCCUAUGAGGAAGACAAUGGCAUUCGCAUCUUAGGGAUGAGGAAAUGGACACCAGGCAAGGUAAAGUAUCAGGCCAAAUCUCACAACACUGGAAAGUGAUCCUAUGGCAUUCACACUCAGCCCUUCUAGAAGUGCUGUCCCUACCACACCCCCUCACACCACUGCCCAUUACAGUAAUCAAGAGUCACAUAAACACUUCACCACUGGCUGUCUCUUCCCUGUUAAAAAGACUUUGUCAGCCAUGCCUCUAAAACACCACUAGGGUUCUUAACCUAGAGUCCACGGACCUUCCACCUACCACCACCCAGGGAUCUAUGGGUAAGGGCCAGGAUGUGUUUGUACUUGGAUAGGAAAAGAUUGGGUCUUUCAUUUUAGUAACCUCUAACAGAAAUAAACAUUUCCUUUCGUUAUGAAUGUAGGGAACAAACUCUGAUAUUAGCUGGACCUGUGACUAUGUCAUCACCAAUAGAAAUCACAGAUAUUUCAAAUCACAUUACAGUUGUCGCAGACUACAAAAUACCGUUUUUGUUCUUUAGCACUUGGAAAUCAUGGGAGUUAUUAGACCUAUUGCCACACCUUAUUAUUUAAUAUGGUACAUAUUCAUCACCCGUCUAUCAGUCUGUUGUGGUGGUGUGCAUGUUGCUAUGAUGCUGGGAGCUAUGCCACCAGAAUUUCAAAUACCAGCAUGGUCCUCCAUGGUGGACAGGUUUCAGCAGAGCUUCCAGACUAAGACAGACUAGGAAGAAAGGCCUGGCAAUCUCCUUCCAAAAAUUAGCCAGUGAAACCCUAUGGAUCACAACAGAAUAUUGUCCAACAUAGUGCUAGACCAGGCAACAUUUCAUUCUAUUGUACAUGGGGUUGCCAUGAGUCAGGGCCGACUUGACAGCAGCCGACAACAACAUAUAUGUACACAGUCAUUGUAUGCUGGCAAUUCCAGUUCACAGUGACCGCAUAGGACAGAGUAGAACUGCCCUUUAGGGUUUCCUAGGCUAUGGAAUCUUUAUGGGGGAGCCCUGGUAGUACAGUGGCUAAGAGAGGUUACUGGGUUUUUCUCCCAUAGAGUCACUGGGUAGAUUCGAACCACUGACCUUUCAGUUAGCAGCUGAGUGCUUAACCAUUGUGCCACCAGGGCUCGUGUGUGAGUGUGUGUAAAAUGUGAUAUGUGUGUGCAUAAUAUAUAUAUCAUUUAUAAUAAAUCACAUAUUAAUAUAUGUUGUCUUAGUAAUAUAUCUGUAUGUCACAUAUAAUAGUUUUAGCAUUAUUUUGAUACCUGUAUUUUAUUAUGAUUGGUUUCCUUCAUAAUCAUAUGUGUUUAUUUAUUAUAUUUGAAAAUAUUCUGAGUAGAGGUUCAUAUUCUUUGUGGAACUCCAAAGGAGUCCAUGGCGCGCGCACACACACACACACACACACACACACACACGCAAAGAACAUACUCUUACCUCCUAAAUCCCUGGUGGUGCAGAUAGUUAAUGCGCUCAGCUGCUAAUCUAAAGGUUCAACUCCACUCACAGGCACUUCAGAAGAAAGGCCUGGUGACCUCCUUCCUAAAAAGCAGCCAUUGAAAAUGCUAUGGGGCACAGUUCUAUUCUGACACACGUGGAAUCACCAGGAGUCAGCAUACACUCCUCCAGCCCUAACCUGGCUCGCUAAGAAACCUUCUCACCAGCAGGUGGCAGUCCUCAGUCAUGGUGUCACGCAGGUCUGUGAGCUGGGUACCAGUGAGGACACCGCAUUGAUUACUGUCUGGGGGAUGUAGGGUGAAUAAGCAGCUGGCAUGCCUCCUCCUAUUAAGAGCUAGAAAAAUGACCGGGUUUCCUGGGGAAAAGAAUCCAUGAGACUGUGAUGAAAAUGGCAAUGAAUUAGGGGGAUGCAUGGAACUUGGGAAAUGAGAUCAUUCCACAUAAAUUGACACCUAUGAAGCACCAAGUGCUGGGGGGGCUGAAAUGAAUGAGGCAUUGACCCUGCCUUUUAAUGCUUGCUCCAGUGGGAAACAGACCUGGAAACAAUGCCAAUUCAGGAUGACAUAGCCUGGGAGAAUCAGGGAAGACUUCCUAGAGGAGGUGAUGUUGAGACUUAAAGGACACACUAGUAUGUGCCCAAACAGAUGCAUUCGGAAACUGAGAUAUAGCUGAAAGCAAAUGACUUAUGGUCAUGAGGCUGGAGAGGUGGACAGGGCCAGACCAGGCAGGGCCGCCUAUGCCAGGCCAAGACUGAACUUUCCCAUGAGGAUGGUGAAGAGGCUGGGAAAGAGUUUAGUCAGGGGAAGGACAGUUGAAGUGAUGAUCUUAGCAACUCAAAAGACCAGCUGAGAAGGACUGGGCAAGUGAACGUUCAGUGGAAACAUUGGCCUACAAAGAUUUGAAGCUUUGGGAAGGUGAAGAAGGAUGGCAAGCUUCAUGAGGGCAGGGAGUAAGACAAUUUAGCUGGCCCCUGAACACCCAGACUUAGCAUGUAGCCUCACCUGAGAUACAAGUCUGGGCUCAUCGUGCCAUAAAGGACCUUCAAAGGGAGGAUGGAGUUUGUGGGCUAUAGACUGUAUAUAUAUUAACCCACUGUGAUACUAGAGAUGUUCUCUUGGUAUGAUGAACAAGUAUAUUUUUAGUUAAAAACAAAACUGAAAGAACUUCUGCUUCAGUGAUGGCAGAUUAGGUAGUUCAGACUGGUCCUAAUACAGAGGAAAAGCUGGACAAAAAACAUUAAGGACAUCUGCUCGGAGCCAACUUGAGAACUAUAAGAUAGUGAAGAAUUACCAGGCCAGGAUUCAGGGGAGGAUGGAGGCCCAGGCAGGCAACUCUGGUAUUUUAUUCCAGAAGCAUUUGUUGAUCCCAGAGGGAGUAACAGAAAUGUAGAGCUGAGCUUUUGACAGACUCCCAGGGCUAAGAGCACACGGAUUGGCACCCAGGCCUGCCACAGGCAGGUUGAAGAGACCCAGAUAAAAUCACUCCCUUUGGGUUGGGACCCCAAAGGGCUAAACCCCAUAAAUAAAGGUUGGUCUGAUGUUGACAUGCCUCACAGGGCUUGUACUUCUGCCUCAAAUAAUCAAAAUUUCUGAAUUAGGCUAGUGCUCACAGGUACCUGGCAGACCAAAGGUAAAUCCCUCUGGAGUACAACACCAUCUUAGACUUCAAUUUUUUUCUGCAAACAAUUUUACAGAUAAAAUAUCUAGCACACAACUAAAAAGUAACUAGGCACACAAGUAAAUAACAUGAACUAAAAUCAGCAGAAGCAACAAACAUUAGAAACAGACCUGCAGGGGCUUCAGAUACUGGAGUAAUCUAACUCCAACUUUAAAAUCACUACGUUUACUGUGCUCAAGGAGAUAAAGGACAUCAUUUGAAAUGUUCAGCAGAGAGCUGAAAACAAAAAUUUUAAAAAGAACCAAGUGCUCUAAAAUCAGUGAUGAUGUUUGCACAACUCUGGUUAUACUAAAAAACCACUGAAUUGUAUACUUUAAACAGUUAAAUUUUAUGGUAUCUCAAUAAAGCUUCUAUUAAAAAAGAAAUCAAGUAAAAAGCUUAGAAGUGAAAAAAAAAAGCUCACAUUAAGUACUCAGUAUAUGGGCACAAAAGCAGACAUACUCAGAGCCCUCCAACAACCAUUAAAUUAGUCUAGAGCUCCUGACAGGGAUCACAAUAGAGGGUCCCAGACAAAGCUGGAAAAAAAUGUAGAACAAAGUUCUAACUCAAAAAGAAAAACUUGCUGGCCUGACAGAGACUGGAGAAACCCAGAGAGUAUGGCCCUUUCAGCUCAGUAAUGAGGUCACUCCUGAGGUUCACCCUUCAGCCAAAGAUUGAACAGGCCCACGGAGCAAAACGGAGCAAAACAAGACUAAAGGGGUGUAUCAGCCCCUGGGCGGGGACUGGAAGGCAGGAGGGAACAGGAAAGCUGGUAAUAGGGAAUCCAGGGUUGAGAAGGGAGAGUGUUGACAUGUUGUGGGGAUGUUAACCAAUAUCAUACAACACUGUGUACUAACUGUUUGAUAAGAAACUAGUUUAUUCUGUAAACCUUUAUCUAAAGUUCAAUAAAAUUAAAUAAAUAAAUAUUAGUCUAGAGCUCUAUACUUCCUACCUGUACCUGUUCAUGUCUUAUCACUUUGGCUGGGAUGAUGAGGUUUUGAAAAACCUUGCAAAACACUUUUCUUUACCAAUUCCAUGAGGACAGGAGGUAUGCUGAGAAACUGAUGAAACUAUAGAACCAACAAGACAGUUCAAUCUCCCUUCAGGACAUCGAGAAACCAGUAGGAAAAAUGCUGAAUCAAUCAGAUUCUCUCUCUUGGUAAUUUGAACUAGGUUAUAGUCAGAGAAAGGCCAAUUAGAAGUGUAUGCUGAGAUAACUGGGAGCUCCUAAAAAUCAAACACCUAUGCUCAUCUAAAGACUUCACCAAAAGAGUAAAAAGACCACCUACAGACUGGGAAAGAAUAUUCAGCUAUGACAUCUCAGACCAGCGCUUGAUCUCUAAAAUCUACAUGAUUCUGUCAAAACUCAACCACAAAAAGACAAACAACCCAAUCAAAAAGUGGGCAAAGGAUAUGAACACACACUUCACUAAAGAAGAUAUUCAGGCAGCCAACAGAUACAUGAGAAAAUGCUCUCGAUCCUUAGCCAUUAGAGAAAUGCAAAUUAAAACUACGAUGAGAUUCCAUCUCACACCAGCAAGGCUGGCAUUAAUCCAAAAAACACAAAAUAAUAAAUGUUGGAGAGGCUGCGGAGAGAUUGGAACUCUCAUACACUGCUGGUGGGAAUGUAAAAUGGUACAACCACUUUGGAAAUCUAUCUGGCGUUAUCUUAAACAGUUAGAAAUAGAACUACCAUACAACCCAGAAACCCCACUCCUCGGAAUACACCCUAGAGAUAAAAGAGCCUUCACACAAACAGAUAUAUGCACACCCAUGUUUAUUGCAGCUCUGUUUACAAUAGCAAAAAGCUGGAAGCAACCAAGAUGUCCGUCAACGGAUGAAUGGGUAAAUAAAUUGUGGUGUAUUCACACAAUGGAAUACUACGCAUCGAUAAAGAACAGUGAGGAAUCUCUGAAACGUUUCAUAACAUGGAGGAAUCUGGAAGGCAUUAUGCUGAGCAAAAUGAGUCAGUUGCAAAAGGACAAAUAUUGUAUAAGACCACUAUUAUAAGAUCUUGAGAAAUAGAAAAAACGGAGAAGAACACAUACUCUUGUGGUUACAAAGGGGGGAGGGAGGGAGGGAGGGAGAGGGCUUUUUAUUGAUCAAUCUGUAGAUAAGAACUGCUUUGGGUGAAGGGAAAGACAACACUCAAUACAAGGAAGGUCAGCCUAAUUGGACUGGACUAAAAGCAAAGAGGUUUCCGGGAUAAAAUGAAAGCUUCAAAGGUCAGUGGAGCAGGGGCUGGGGUCUGGGGAACUUGGUUUGAGGGGACUUCUAAGUCAAUGGGCAAAAUAAUUCUAUUAUGAAAACAUUCUGCAUCCCACUUUGAAUUGUGGCGCCUGGGGUCCUAAAUGCCAACAAGUGGCCAUCUAAGAUACAUCAAUUGGUCUCAACCCACCUGGAGCAAAGGCAAAGGAAGAACACCAAGGUCA